AUGCUAAGAAAAAAGACACCAGCAGCUAUUGCACCAACGUCAAACAAAAAAACUAACCAUAGCUCUUCAUCAAAAACUAACAAAUUAUCUAUAUUUCAAUUUUGGAAAUCUAAAGAUAAAGUACCUGAAACUACUAUAGGUUUCUGGAAUUUCACUUUUAACAUUCAAGCUACAGACAUUUUUGGAAUUGCGGUGUUAUCAAGGACCAUCUCAAUAAUCAUAGAUUCGAACUUUAGAUUUCUCGAAAAGCAAACUAAAUUUUUAAAGUGGGCAAUCAUUCUAUGGGAAGCAUUAUUGAUAACUAUGGUGGUUUGGUAUAUUGGUAAGGUGGUCGACGUGAUAUGGUUAGUAGCCAAACUAUUGGACGAUGGAGUAAGAGGUGUAUUCAGGGUGAUAGAAGGAAUUCUUAAUUAUCAUAACGUUGUAAUUGAGGAAGCGUUAAGACAACCAAUUAUCGGCCUUGAACCUACGGUGUUGGACGAGACCGUUGUCGAUUUUGAUGGUGUAUCUUAUCACAUUUCGACGCCACAAUCAAAGAAUGUAAUCAAAUUUUCAGUUAUAAUGCAAUGUUAUAAGGAACUCUCUCAAUGGGGCGUUCAGGAAAUGUUACAAAGAGAAUAUAGCCCUUACUGUCAGACAGAGGUUGAAGGUGGUUAUGACUUAAGUUUAGAGUUUGUUCUGCAAGAAUUACCACAAGACAAAGAGGAAAGAGAGGCAUUAUUAAGGAAGGUGUCUUUAAUUAAACGCAAUCUUUUGGCACAACCUUUUGAACGGGCUUUUGAACAGCAAGCCCAAUUUGAAAAUGAAAAAGAAGCAAACCCAACACCUGAUCUCAUGCAGAUCCAUUACCGAGAUCAAGAAGCUAUUUACAUUCAAGCUCAACACGAUAGAGUAACAGUUAUUUUCUCCACAUUGUUUAAAGAAGAGACAGAUAGAAUAUUCGGGAGAGUAUUUUUACAGGAAUUCGUCGACGCGCGUCGACGACCAGCCAUUCAGAAUGCGCCCCAGGUGCUUUAUUCUAGUAAAGAUCCUCCUUUAGAAAUCAGGCACCUGCCAGAAUUACAAGCCGCAAAGGACGAUGAGGAUAUUGGUUACGUCACAUUUGUUUUAUUUCCACGUCAUUUUGCCAAGGGAGAAAUGAGAGAAAAAACCAUCUCUCAAAUUCAGUUAUUCCGAGAUUAUCUUCACUAUCAUAUCAAAUGUUCGAAGGCCUAUAUGCAUUCUAGAAUGCGUGCACGCGUGCAAGCAUUCUUGAAGGUACUGAACAGAGCAAAACCUGAGGCUCAAGUCGUGGAGAAGAAAACCAUUAC